AUGGGGAACCCUCUAGCUGCCAGAUCUCCAACCCCUAAAGGGUCCCGGCUUCGAGAACGCUACGCACCCUUUGAUCCGCUCUGUUGUGAAAUCUUCCCGCCACCGGGCUUUUCCUUCUGUCCAGCCCAGAGAAUCCACCCUUCCGGGUCGGUUGUUCAACCAAUCGGUGGAGGUGGCUGCGUGUUUCCGGAAGACGUGGCGGCUUUCGCCUGGGCGGCUUCUCGGAUUCAUUUUUCUCUACUCUGCUUCACACCUCUCGCUCUCUCCCGGUGGUGCUGCCGUCGCUCUGCUCCCGCCGCUGUUCUCGCAACUGCAACCAUGAUCUCCUUAACCGAUACCCAGAAAAUUGGAAUGGGAUUAACAGGAUUUGGAGUGUUUUUCCUGUUCUUUGGAAUGAUUCUCUUUUUUGACAAAGCACUUCUGGCUAUUGGAAAUGUUUUAUUUGUGGCUGGCUUGGCUUUUGUAAUUGGUUUAGAAAGAACAUUCAGAUUCUUCUUCCAAAAACACAAAAUGAAAGCUACAGGAUUUUUCCUGGGUGGUGUAUUUGUAGUCCUUGUUGGUUGGCCUUUGAUAGGCAUGAUCUUCGAAAUUUAUGGGUUCUUUCUUUUGUUCAGGGGUUUCUUCCCUGUGGUGGUUGGCUUUAUUAGAAGAGUGCCAGUCCUUGGAUCCCUCUUGAAUUUACCUGGAAUUAGAUCAUUUGUAGAUAAAGUUGGAGAAAGCAACAAUAUGGUAUAACAGCAAGUGAACUGAAGACUCAUUUAAAAUACCUUAUUAUUUAUAAAAUCCUUUGAAGAAUAUUCAGCACAAAAUUAAAUUACAUGAAGUAGCUUGUAAUGUCCUUUACAGAAGUUUGAAACACAUAGCCUACAAAGGACCAACAGCAAUUAGCAAAGAAACAAAACAAGUUUGUAAUCAAGUGCUCUACGGAGUCAGCAAGCAAACUGAAGGAGAUGAAGUCUAUGUUACCAUCUUUGUUGAAACUCUUGAAGGCUAUUUUAUUGUUUUUCCACAAUGUGUGAAACAGCCAUCCUUAGAGAACUGUGGUGCCUGUUCCUUUUCUUUUUAUUUUGGAGGUGCAGGUGCACCCAUUGGCAUUGUUUUUAAGAAAUGUCCACUGCAGUGGCAAAGAUAUUUCCAAUUGCACUGUGUCUCAGAAGGUGAUGCAUGAGUUAGAUUGGAUUAUGUCAUUUUAAUGUAUUAAAAGCAAGGAAAAAAGUUUUGAUAUAUGAAUCACUUUGUUUUUUUUUUAACAUGGUUAAAAUAAAACUUUUAAGGUUCUUCUGAAUCUU